CAAAUACUAGGUUUCAAUCUCUUCUCCGCUAACUGUUUUCUUCAGAUCCACCUUCUUUACGAUUCCAUUAACCCUAAUCUCUAAGGGUUUCAACAGAUUCCUCCACACUAAUCUCAAUCUUGCUUGCUGCCUUUGCAGUUCUAUCUCUCAAUCUUCGUAUACAAUAGAUUUAACUUUCCAAUUUUGCAUGUGGGUUUCAGGGUUUGGGUCGAGAAACAAAAUUACUUUCCUCGAUUUGGUGUCUUUUUUUGGGGAUUCGGUCAAUUCUUGCUUUCGUUUUCAUUCAAUUACAGCUUAUUUUCUUGGUCAUAAUUCGGUUUGACAAUGGUGGGUUCGGAGGCUUUACCUUCGCCAAGGCAGCAUGGGGUUACGAAACCCUUGUCUCUAGCGGGUCCAUCCGAGGCUGAUUUACUAAGAACCAAGAAAUUGAAUAAGUUCUUGGUAGAUGCUGGACUUUAUGAAACCAAAGAAGAAGCUGCUAAGAGAGAGGAAGUUCUUGGUCGAAUUAAACAGAUUGUAGUUGAUUGGGUGAAGCAACUCACUCGUCUACGAGGAUACACCGAUCAGAUGGUGGAAGAUGCAAAUGCUGUCAUAUUUACUUUUGGUUCAUAUCGACUCGGGGUUCAUGGUCCUGGGGCAGACAUUGACACCUUGUGUGUGGGACCUUCAUAUGUGAAUAGAGAUGAGGACUUCUUCUUUGUUUUGCAUGAAAUCUUGGCAGGGAUGGAGGAAGUCACGGAACUUCAACCAGUUCCUGAUGCUCAUGUUCCGGUCAUGAAAUUUAAGUUUGACAGGAUAUCUAUCGAUCUUCUUUAUGGCAGCAUCUCUCGUUUAGUUGUCCCAGAUGAUCUCGACAUUUCCGAUGUUUCUGUCUUGUAUGAUGUUGAUGAACCGACGGUUCGGAGUCUUAAUGGUUGCAGGGUUGCUGAUCAGAUUCUUAAACAUGUUCCGAAUGUUGAGCAUUUUCGUACAACGCUUCGUUGUCUAAAGUUUUGGGCCAAAAAGCGGGGAGUUUAUUCAAAUGUGACGGGAUUUCUUGGUGGCGUCAACUGGGCUCUUCUUGUUGCACGGGUUUGUCAAUUUUAUCCAAAUGCUGUUCCGAGUAUGCUGGUUUCGAGAUUUUUCAGGGUGUAUACACAGUGGCGAUGGCCGAAUCCCGUUAUGCUUUGUGCGAUAGAAGAGGAAGAGCUUGGAUUUGCCGUAUGGGAUCCUCGAAAAAAUCCCAAGGACCGAACCCAUCAUAUGCCCAUUAUAACGCCUGCAUACCCGUGCAUGAAUUCUAGCUAUAAUGUCUCGACGAGCACACUCCGUGUCAUGACGGAACAGUUUCUGUUCGGAAAUCGGAUAUGUGAGGAGAUAGAACUUAAUAAAGCACAAUGGCCUUCAUUGUUUGAGCCGUAUAUGUUCUUCGAGAGCUACAGAAAUUAUCUGCAGGUCGAUAUAGUGGCUGCAAAUACCGAUGAUUUGCGUUCUUGGAAAGGUUGGGUUGAAUCUCGUCUAAGGCAGCUGACUUUGAUGAUUGAGCGAGAUACGUUGGGGAAGCUGCAAUGUCAUCCUUACCCUCAUGAAUAUUCCGAUCCUUUGAAGCAGUGUUCGCAUAGCGCUUUCUUUAUGGGAUUGCAGCGGAAACAAGGUGAAGUGAUUCAAGAAGGGCAGCAGUUUGAUAUCCGUGGGACAGUUGACGAGUUUCGGCAUUCGGUGAAUAUGUACGUCUUUUGGAGGCCUGGGAUGGAGAUUUAUGUUUCUCAUGUUCGUAGAAAGCAGAUCCCUUCGUAUGUUUUCCCAGAUGGUUUUAGACGUACCCGAUUACCCAGGCUCGUAAGUCAACAGACGACGUUGGGUUCUGGUGAGGAACUUUCUAGAAAGAGAAAAGACGAGGGAGAACGUGUGAAACGAGAAAGUUGUCAGAAAAGGCUAUCCGGGAGUCCGCAGAGUUGUGAUUCAGUUUCGCCUGUGAUUGUUAAUCAUUCGUGUGGUAAUGAGUCGAAAUAUUGUGGGAUUGAAGUUGGUUGUUUGCAAGGAGAAGGUCAAAUAUCGAGCUCGAGUGUAGUGACGAAUGCUGUCGGAAAGAAUGAUCGGGGUGAUUCAAGUGAAGCUGAUUCUCGGCCAUCGGUUGAUGGGGGUGACGGCCAGGUGUUUCAAGUUCAGCCAAAGGUGGAACUCGGGAUGGUACUAAAUUCCAGAACAGCAGUCGACUUAGAGCAGAAGACGGUUAUGAGGUUAGGAGUGACUUCAACAGCUUGAGAGCAGAGCAGAAGGCGGUGGUUAUGGUAAGUAAUAAUGCCAUUGGUUGCUUUCACUUGAUUAUAUACCCGGCCGUGAUUGUUUUUCAGCACAGUAAGACUACAGGUUUCAAAUUCAAGGAGCGAAAAUUGGAAGGAGGUCAAUGUUUUGCUACUAUUUCUUUAACGGUUUGGGGCGAGUCCAUGUACAGUUUUUAUUUGUCUUAGUAUGUUGCAAUGGGUAAUUAGUUUAGGUUCAAUUGAGGCUCUACUAAUUAUCCGUUUGGUCGGAUAUCAUUUGUCGGGAGUCUGUAGAGAGAUGAGCUGAAUUUGGUAUUUCUUGUAACUUGGAUACAAUUCGAAAUGGCAUUAAUCUUUCCUUUCU